AGAGAAACUAGAAACAGGGGAUUUGCAGUUUUCACAUACAUCAAGUUCCUAAUCAAUUACCAAAUUUUAAUGGCAGAAAAUGGCUAUACGGAUCUAGAGAAGCAGAAAUUGCUUCUACAACAACAUGAAGAGAAACACUUCACGUCUAGUGAGAUUAUCCGUGACAUCAUUAUUGGACUCUCUGAUGGUCUGACCGUCCCUUUUGCCCUCGCCGCUGGCUUGUCCGGAGCCAAUGUCACAUCAAGCAUCAUUCUUAUCGCUGGCAUUGCUGAAGUUGCUGCCGGUGCCAUUUCCAUGGGGCUUGGAGGGUACCUUGCAGCCAAAAGUGAAGCUGACCACUACAUGAGGGAACUAAAACGAGAAGAAGAAGAGAUCAUCAGUGUCCCGGAUGCAGAGGCUGCUGAAUGUGGAGAAAUAUUAGCUGAGUAUGGAGUUGAGCCACAUGAAUAUGAGGCUGUGGUCAAUGCUCUGAGGAGGAACCCUCAACAUUGGCUUAAGUUCAUGAUGAAGUUUGAACUAGGACUGGAGAAACCAGACCCAAUGAGAGCAUUACAGAGUGCAUUAACAAUUGCCAUAUCUUACAUAAUUGGUGGAUUGAUACCUCUUUCACCAUACAUGAUCUUUCCAGUUGCUAAAGAUGCAGUAAUUGCAUCAAUUCUAAUAACUAUUCUGGCAUUACUAAUAUUUGGGUUCAUUAAGGGUCACUUUACUGGUGAGCAACCCUUGAAGAGUGCUAUACAAACUGCCUUCGUAGGAGCCAUAGCUUCUGCUGCUGCUUAUUCCAUAGCUAAGGUUUUCCGAGUUUGAUUUGUGCAAUUUUUCCUUUCUUUACUCUUUAAUCUAUAUGGACUUUAGCUUUGUACUCCCAAUAUUAUUCUUUACUAUUUAGGUACUGUUAAUUAUCUGAUUCCCAACUUAAUUAUUGUAUUUAUAGAAAUUAUCAUCUCUA